UCAUUCGGGAAAUUGUGUAAGAAUUGCUAAUUGUUGUACGCCAUUGUCUAUAAUUAUGUUAUAUUCAUUUCACCCAAUUUUGCUGUCAAAAUGCGAUUUGUACAUGUAGAAACAUUGGAAUGUAAAUUGACACUGUCAAAACUGUGUAUAGAAGGGUGAUUAGCGUGGAAAAUGGACAAUUCCAGUUAUUUUAGACCGGCUUCUCAGUGCGCAAACAUAUUAGAAAGAAAUGGGGAACCCCCAAUUUUAUUAAAAGCUCAUCAUAUGAUAUACUGCUGAUUUUAAAUUCUGUCUGUUCCCUAUACUUAUCAUAAUGGAUGGUUAUCAUAAUGGAAAAUUGGAUCUGAUUUGAGAUCAUGAAUGGUGUGUUAUAACAAAAAAGUGAUGAAGCAUAUAAUGCAGUGCAACAAGAAAGCAUUUAUAUCAACUUGUAUCAACAUUCAUUCGCUGCAGCCUACUUGUGCUCAGUCAGCUAAAUUUGAGAAUAUUGUUUUUUUUCCACAAUCCAAUAUUUCUGUAAUUGUUUGAGACCAUAUCAAUUUUGACAAAAUUUUCAUUGUAGUCUUAAGGAUUUGCCAUCAUUCAAUAUGCCGGGAACAAAGAUACGCAAUGAAGACCAGGAAACUCUCCAUGCAAAGUAUAUAUGUACCCACUGUCAUCUACUCCUCUUCAGUCCAAUGCAGACCAUGUGUGGACAUUUGUUUUGUGAAUCUUGUAUAGAGAUCCUGCUUGGAAAUCCUGAUCCGAAAUGUCCUGAAGAUCAAGAAAAAUUGUGCAGAAAUGAGAUUUUCCCGGAUACUUUUACAAAGCGUGAGUUGAAAAAGAUUCGUUUACAUUGUCCCUACGAACAGUGCAAAUGGUUUGGCAGCUAUCAGGAAUUGGAAAGUCAUUCUCAAGUUUGUGAGCAUGCGCUCAUCAACUGUAUACACAAGCAGUGUAACAUUCAGUUACCUCGCUCUCUCCUUGAUGAACAUUUGAAGAAUGAUUGCGAAUAUCGAAGUGUGAAAUGUGAAUAUUGUGGUAAAGAUGUCCCGUAUGCUUCACUUAAGGACCACAUAGACAAUGUGUGUGAAAACUCCCCCGUAAUUUGUAAGUAUUGUAAAGAAACCAUACGAAGAAAAGACAUUGAACACCAUCAAAGUACGACUUGUGAUGAAGUGUCAACUAAAUGUGAAUUUCAUGACAUUGGAUGUAACCAUGAUCAAACCAUAAAACGAAGAGAGAUCCGUCAACAUAUGAAUGACAAUAUAAUUGAUCAUGUGAGCCUCUUGUUACGAUAUGUUAUGGCAUUUGUUACACAGUUAAGUAACUAUGUACCACGUCCAGAGUUUACUACUGCUGUUCAAAACUUGGCUGACCAAGUUACUGCUGUUCGUGCUAAUCUUUCAGAAAAAUUUGUUCUUUUAGUGAGUAAGCUUUCAGAUCUGGAAAAGAAGACUGAAAUUCUUGAGGUUCGUGGUGGUAACGAUAGUAAAAAUACCCACUCGUCAUUAGAGGUUUCCUCGAUGCGCGAUAGGAUCUCAGCGAGGGAGAGACAAGCGAGAGAUAAUUCAUCCACUAUAUCAAGGUUUCGCGAGCGUUUCGAUCAGAUAGACGAAUCACUUACUCGAAACACCGUGAAGAUUACGGAUCUUGAGGCGCAACGAGUUUCCCGGGCACUAGGAUCUAAUCAGGCCAUACACAGCUACAAUGGUACGUUACUUUGGAAAAUAGAUAACUACAAUAGAAAAAGACAGGACGCCAUUAAUGGUAUCAAAACAGCCUUGUACAGUCCACCAUUCUACAGUUCUCAAUAUGGUUACAAGAUGUGUGCUAAGAUCUAUAUGAAUGGUGAUGGUUUUGGAAAAGGAACUCAUUUAUCUUUGUUCUUUGUUGUCAUGAAAGGUGAUUACGAUGCACUUCAAGCAUGGCCUUUUCAGAAAAAGAUCACAAUGAUGUUAAUGGAUCAAGGAAAUGGUGAUCACAUGAUUGAUGCUUUUCAUUCAGAUCCUCAAAGCUCCUCGUUUCAGCGACCAAAGUCUGAAAUGAAUAUCGCUUCUGGAUCUCCACUCUUUAUGCCAUUGCAGAGUUUGAAAAAUCGUGAUUAUAUUAAGGAUGACACACUGUUUAUUAAAAUUAUUGUCGAUUAAA